UGAAGGAGCGAGAGGGGCAGCGCAGGGUGGAGGGAGCUUUGAGGGUGGGGGGGUUGGAGAUUGACGGCGGAGCAGCAAGGGGUCGGUUCCGAGUGACCCGUGUGUGUUGUCUCUGCUUGCGGGCGAACGGAGCGGACUGAAGUCGCGGGACUUCUCCCUUGGAGCUUCUGUGCCGAGAAUCCGAUGUUGGGCUCGGCUCCCUGGCUGAAGACAGCACAUCAGCCCAUGAAAACUUCUAUUCCCAGCCAAAGGAAGGAGUCCAGCACAAGGCAGCACCUGUUCUUUCAGGCUUGGAAGCAAGAAAGGGGGCAAGAGUUGGAGGGUGUGGAAUCUGAGAAGACAACUGAGAGGUGACAUUUAAGUUGAAGAUGGGUGGUGGAGAAAGAUACAACAUUCCAGUUCCCCAGUCUAGAAAUACCACCAAGAACCAUCAACAACUUAAAAACAGGCAGAAGAACAAAGAGCAGAACUCGCAGAUGAAGACCUACAUGAAGAAGGAAAGAGGACGUGGAGGCAGCUCAUCCCCUGGUGCAUGGCAGGCCAUGCAGAAAGGGGGCAAGAGCAACGUUCCCUUCCCCAGCAAUCCCAACAAUCACAACCUGUUGUUCACCCCCCAGAGCAACCAGAACUAUGCUGGAGCCAAGUUCAGCGAGCCACCCUCCCCAAGUGUUCUUCCUAAGCCUCCGAGCCACUGGGUACCUGUUUCUUUUAAACCUUCUGACAAAGAAAUUAUGACAUUUCAGCUGAAAACAUUACUAAAAGUCCAGGCUUGAGAUGUAACUUUUCCUUAUUUUUCAGAAGUGAUUUAAAUUGACAGGGUUUCAAAUCUGAGCAUUGUUAUUCCUAACUCCAGCUGCACAGGUGUGUGGAGCCAGGUGUUCUUGCUGCAUGUAGUUAGUCACUUGGAAGAGGGGUGGAAGUUUACAUUCCCCUCAUGUUUUACCUCAAAAGUUCAGUGCUGUGUUCACGUCACUGUGAAAUAGGUAUUUUUCUCUAAAAUCAAUCAAAUCAAAUCCUGAACAGUCACCGUUUAUUGUAUUUAUUGUAAGAGUAAAUGGGACUGUCUCCCAGAAUUGGAAAAUUGUGAUUUGAAUCGUUAGAAAACCAGCUCUUACCUAACUUAAUGCAGCAUGAACUGGAAAAAAAAAACUGCACUGAAAGCUUUAGUCAGGUUAUUUGCUGCUUUUCAGACUGGUGUAAAAUUGUGCUAAACAAACAUUCUGUGGAUUUGCUGAGCAGAAACCUCCCCCUGGGCACAAGGUGAAGCACAGACGAUUCUCUUACCUGUACCUGGGAGCUUUGGUGGCACUCCUGGAGUGGGGGAUGAGCAUUUCAAGCCCGUGACUCUAAUCUAGAACGUCCUGAAGGGAUGGAAGAAGUCCAGGCAGAUCCGUAAUGCCUCUCUCCAGCUCCAGCAGUGCUUCCCGGGAAUCUCCACGAGUCAGAGUGCCAACUAAAGACUUUGCAUUGCCAGGUGACUGCCAAAAAACUCCCCAAAAAUCCCUUGGAUGCCCACUGCACUGAGGAGUUCUAAACCACAUUUUUCUAUCAGUUUUUAUAAUGAUAAAAGGUGAGGUAGUUCCUUAGACUGGUCUUGAAUUGGUUCCCUUCUAAUAAUUAACAGUAGUUUGGGGCAGGUAUUCAGUGUUUUCACAGGGAAGACAGAGCCAUGUAAAUACAUGUAAAACAUUGUAGCAUAUGUAAAUUUAUGCUGGGCUUUCCUGCACAGAAGUAUUUUUAGUACAAAACUGCUGAAUGUAAGAUGACCAUGUUGAGUACGUGGCCUAGUUUAAAAAAAAAUGUUAUUUUGUUUAAAAAAAAAAAAAAAAAAGACAUUUGUGGCUGUGCCCUUGCACUUCACAUGCAGUGAAUAUGCACGUUGUACUUCGUUGUGAGCUCAUUUUUUAAGGUUAAAUCAGUGCAAAAGAGGCUUAUUUAGAUUUUUUAAAUAAAAUAAAAAAAAACUUAAAAAAAAAUGGAGCUGAUGAAGUUUCAGCUCCUCCUGUUGAGAAUGUGGAGGAGAGGUGUGUGUUCAGUGAUGAAAAAACACUGAUGUGUUCCAAAUCAAGCGUUCGGUAAGAAAUGCAAAUGCCUGGGUUUGGGUGCUUGAUAAACCGAAGAAUUGUAACCAUUUUGUGUUUUGGAAAUGCAUCGAUGCUCUGCAAGACAUCAAUUUCUCCCAGUAUUUGCUCAAAUCCUUCAGCAACAGCUCCUGUGCUGUCACAUUCCAGCUGAUCCUGCAGCAGGAACAGCUGAACUGUGAGAACAGGAUCAUCCAGGGUUCUUUCAAAAUACAGGAAUUACCAAAAAAAAAGUGCUUUAAUUUGAAAGGGACUUUUGCAGAUUGUGAAAUGUUCUGAGGUGUCUUUCUGUACAUUCCAAACACAGUGGCAGCUGAAUGUUUACAAAUUAUUGCUCCCAAUCAGAUGGAAUUGGCAGUCUCUAAACCUGUGUUGUGACCUGGACCAUCACCAGAGUCUGAGCUGUAUCCCAGUUAAUUAUCUGUUCUUCAUUUCAAAUUGUCAAUUACCGAUGGUGUUUGUACAAAUUGGAAACAAAAAAAUUUAAAUAAACUUUUUUUUUUUACCCCCUAAAA